CAGUACAGAGUGGGCAGCGCACCGAGCUGGUUAGUGCAAGUCAAUUUCAGCUGAGCAAAACGAAAAAAAAAAACUUCGACGAGUCACACCCAGCUGAUAGCGAAAAUUGAAGCAAAAAAAAUACUCCAAUCUGUACGUAGGAUGAGUUUGGAAAGCUUAACCGUUCAGACCAAAUACGGCCCGGUCCGGGGCAAACAGAACGUAUCGUUGCUGGGCCAGGAGUACGUCAGCUUUCAGGGAAUUCCGUACGCCCAGGCACCGGAAGGGGAGCUGCGGUUUAAGGCACCAGUUCCACCGCAAAAGUGGACCGAAACGUUGGACUGCACGCAGCAAUGCGAGCCCUGCUAUCACUUCGACCGGCGCCUCCAGAAGAUCGUCGGCUGCGAGGACAGUCUGAAGAUCAACGUGUUUGCGAAGGAGAUCAACCCUUCAACGCCACUCCCGGUGAUGUUGUACAUCUACGGCGGGGGCUUCACGGAAGGAACCAGCGGAACCGAACUGUACGGGCCGGAUUUCCUGGUUCAGAAGGAUAUCGUGUUGGUGUCGUUCAACUACCGUAUUGGGGCGUUGGGAUUUCUGUGUUGUCAAUCGGAGCAGGAUGGCGUACCCGGUAAUGCCGGCCUUAAAGAUCAGAACUUGGCAAUUCGGUGGGUUCUGGAGAACAUUGCCGCCUUUGGAGGAGACCCGAAGCGCGUGACCCUGGCCGGCCAUAGCGCAGGUGCCGCUUCGGUUCAGUAUCAUCUGAUCUCGGAUGCUUCCAAGGACUUGUUUCAGCGGGCUAUCGUAAUGUCUGGGAGUACGUAUUCCAGUUGGUCGUUGACCAGGCAACGCAACUGGGUUGAGAAGUUGGCGAAGGCCAUCGGUUGGGAUGGACAGGGUGGUGAGUCCGGAGCGUUGAGAUUCUUGAGAGCUGCCAAACCGGAGGACAUUGUUGCUCACCAGGAGAAGCUUCUGACGGACCAGGACAUGCAGGACGAUAUCUUUACUCCAUUUGGACCUACCGUCGAACCGUACCUGACCGAACAGUGCAUGAUACCGAAGGAACCGUUCGAGAUGGCUCGAACUGCUUGGGGUGACAAGAUUGAUAUCAUGAUCGGAGGAACUUCUGAGGAAGGACUGCUGCUGCUGCAAAAGAUCAAGUUGCAACCGGAACUACUGUCCCAUCCACAUCUAUUCCUGGGAAAUAUUCCUCCAAAUUUGAAGAUCAGCAUGGAAAAACGAAUCGAGUUUGCUGCCAAGCUGAAACAACGUUACUACCCCGAUAGCAAUCCUUCAAUGGAGAACAACCUGGGAUACGUUCAUAUGAUGUCCGACCGAGUCUUCUGGCACGGCCUGCACCGCACCAUCCUAGCCCGAGCCGCCAGAUCGCGCGCCCGCACCUUCGUGUACCGGAUCUGUCUGGAUUCGGAGUUUUACAACCACUACCGCAUCAUGAUGAUCGACCCGAAGCUGCGCGGCACGGCCCAUGCCGACGAGCUGUCCUAUCUGUUUUCCAACUUUACCCAGCAGGUCCCCGGCAAGGAAACGUUCGAGUACCGCGGUCUGCAAACGCUGGUCGAUGUGUUCAGCGCGUUCGUCAUCAACGGGGAUCCAAACUGUGACAUGACGGCGAAGAGUGGUGUGGUCUUUGAGCCGAACGCGCAGACGAAGCCCACGUUCAAGUGUCUGAACAUUGCCAACGACGGGGUGGCGUUCGUUGACUAUCCGGAUGCGGACCGGUUGGACAUGUGGGACGCAAUGUACGUGAAUGAUGAGCUGUUUUGAGGGGACAGUUUUAAAAAUAUCCUGUUGAGAUUUUG